ACAAGUCAGCAUAGUUCUAAACGACAGGACUGACCAAGAAGGAGCAGAAAAGCAAGAUGAAUGAGGUGAAGCUUGCUGUCUUGGGUGGGGAAGGCACAGGCAAAUCUGCCCUUACUGUACGGUUUCUUACCAAGCGAUUCAUUGGAGAAUAUGCUUCUAAUUUUGAAUCUAUCUAUAAUAAGCAUUUGUGUUUGGAAGGGAAGCAACUGAAUCUAGAAAUAUACGACCCUUGUACUCAACCACAGAAAGCAAAAUUCUCCCUCACGAGUGAGCUUCACUGGGCAGAUGGGUUUGUUAUUGUGUAUGACAUCAGUGACAGGUCUUCAUUUGCUUAUGCAAAAGCACUGAUCUACAGAAUUCGGGAGCCACAGACUAGUCAUUGUAAAAGAGCUGUGGAAUCAGCAGUGCUUUUGGUUGGCAACAAGCAAGAUCUCUGCCAUGUCCGAGAGGUUGGCUGGGAAGAAGGGCAAAAACUGGCAUUAGAUAACCGAUGCCAAUUCUGUGAACUUUCUGCAGCAGAGCAGCCUCUGGAAGUAGAAAUGAUAUUUAUCAGAAUUAUCAAGGACAUCCUGACAAACUUCAAACUCAAAGAAAAGAGAAGACCCAGCGGAUCUAAAUCAAUGGCCAAAUUGAUCAAUAAUGUAUUUGGAAAGAGAAGGAAAUCUGUUUAGUAGAUACGUGAUCCUAGGGGAUUUACUGUAUCAGAGAGUUUCAAAUACCCACAUGAUAAUUAAACUCACCUUUCGUAUGCAAUGUUUUAGGAAAUAAUUCUCCUGAAGAUAUGAAAAGAUUAAACAUGAACUACAGCUGCAUUUUCAAAUAUAUAGUUUGCCUUUUUGGUUGCUUGUAUCCUGUUCGCUCUGCUUUCCACAUGAUCUUUCAUUUAUUAUACAAACUAGAACUCACUCUAAUCUAUUGGUGGAUUGCUAUCCAGUUUGCCUUACCAAAUAAAAUCUGCUUAUGUAAUUUUACUAAAGUACCAUACCAUAA